GAAAGACAAAAAAAAAUCGACAACACCAUCACCGUCCUCUUCAGCCCUCCGGCGGCGUCACCGUUGUCCGAGAAAAGAACCCAUAGCAGGAGCGAAUGCUGUCAGCAACUUUGACUUGAUACAGGUUAGCAAAUAUGAGUGAAGAGUCUCAUUCUAAAGUAGAGGCUAUGGAUCUCUUACGUCAGUUGGAGGAUAUCCUCGAAUCCGAUGCUCUAAUUGAUGAGCUGGGUUUUAUUCAUCCAUCCCAAUUUUCCUUGCUAAAGGAAGAAUCGGACAUUUCGUCUAAUUUAUCUGACGAAGCUAUCCAUCAAUCAGCAGACAGGGUAGUAAUCUCUGAGGAAUCUUCCAAACAAAACAACCUAUAUUUUUGGAACAGAGAUCAUAAAUUGGGAAUUUCAACUCAUGUUCUUCUACCAUUAUAUAGAGCUGCUAAACAUGCGUUUAUGACUACAUUUAAACAAUACAGGAUGUGUGACAAUCAAUCUGACAAAGAUGGAAUGUGUUUACCUGCUUUUUCUUCUUGUGAUCAUCUUGAAAGUAUACUUAUGAGACACAGCAAGUCUCUUCUGCUGCUAAGCUGUGAUUUUAUGACAGCUUGGAAUUGCAGAAAGUUAAUAGUGUCCAAGAAGAAGAAGCUCUCAAUGUUUGUAGAUGAACUUCUCCUGUCAGAACUUGUGCUCUCAUAUUCACCCAAAAGUGAACAAGCUUGGAAUCAUAGGCGGUGGGUGAUCAAAUCAAUCUCUGCAAACUGUUCAAAUUUCAAAGAGAUUUUGGGAAAAGAAUCUGAGCUGGUGGAAAAAAUAGCUGAGAGUUCAAAAAUGAAUUAUCGUGCGUGGAAUCAUCGUUGCUGGUUAAUCUCAUACAUGACUAACAAACAGGUUCUAUACGAAUUAAAGAAAUCCAGAAGUUGGGCUGCACUGCAUGUUGCUGAUAAUUGUUGUUUUCAUUAUCGCAGACGACUAUUACUGAAAUUUAUGGAGAACCAAAAUUCUGUUGAAGAAACUAUAUCUUGUGGUCAUAAUGCUGAUAUUGUCCAAGCCUUGAAGGAUGAACUUGAUUGGAAUGAAGCAUUGAUAAAACGUUAUGUUGGAAGAGAGGCUCUAUGGCUUCAUCGUCGCUUUCUUUCCAUGUGUUGGAUAAAUAAUUUUCUACUUGAUUCUGGUGAUGCAUCCUACCAUUCCAAGGAGGCAAUCAGCAUGCAUCAUGACUUUGGCACCUUUCUGCGGAAUGAAUUAUGUCUUCUCCACUCCUCAACUUUUGUUGAUGAUGAUUUUGUGGAUGUCCAAGCACAAGCUGUAUAUUCUGCUAGUUACAUACUGUGGUUAAAAGUGCAAGUUCCUAAGUCUCUGGAGAAUAAGCUCCUUCAGAAGAUAAAAGAUGUUGAUCUGAAGAUCUUGCUGGAUAAAUCAUGCCCAGAGAGAUCCUCACUGUUUAAUUACUUUAUGAACUAGAUGGAAGCAUAUGAGCUAUGUGGGAUGGAGAGAUCCUCUGAUGUGCACUCUUCUCUUUAGAGGGUUAAGUGCCAAAUUGUUAUAACUCCACACAUUGUAUUUGAAAGAAAAAAAACAUCCAUAGAAAGUUGUUUUCAUAGGAAGUGUUUUUUGUGUUUCUUAUGAAACUAUUUCCAGUAACAAGGUUAGUUCAAGGUCAUAUUUCAUUCAUUAUGUGUGAUUAAACUCGCCUACAACAACUCAACUGCACCUCAGAUACUCAAGUCCAGCUUGAAUAAAAAAAAAAAGAUACUCAAGGCAAAGACUCCUAUAUGUGUAAGGGUAAAAGAGGGAUUAUGCAGGCUAUAAGUAACUCACAUACCUGGCAACAAGUGUGGGAAGCAUGGUGGUAAAGUUAGAGGCUGCAUGGGAUAUAAAGGAAAAGGUCGGGGAUAGAGAGACAAUCAUUUGGGUAGUUUUGGGUGGUUGUUACCACAGGGCAGAGAAGUUUUCCUUCUCUGAAUUCUUUCUUUCAUUAUCAGAAAAUCAAGUUCCUAUCACAAACAGUUAAGGUUUCGUAGAAGAGUUAAAAUGUAUUAACUACUACUGAUAAAUUUUGGGUUAGCUGUAAAUCUCUGAAAUUGAGCUGAUCUCAUGUCAUGAAACAGAAAAUUUGACCAUUUUACGGCUGAGGGAAAAGAACAUGACAUCCAUUUAUUUGUUUA